AUGGACCCGGCUGCAGGAGGAGCUCAGAGCAGCCACAACCCCUGUGUCUUCUGCGAGAGCCUGGACAUCCGCAACGACUCGCAGCUGCGGAAGCUGGAGAACUGCACCGUCAUCGAGGGCAACCUGCAGGUCCUCAUGUUCACCAUCGGCGAGGACGUCCGGCACCUCGCUUUCCCCCGCCUGGUCAUGAUCACGGAGUACCUGCUGCUCUUCCGGGUCGACGGGCUGGAGAGCUUGCGGGAGCUCUUCCCUAACCUCUCGGUCAUCCGCGGGACCAGCCUCUUCUUCAACUACGCCCUGGUCAUCUUCGAAAUGCCGCACCUGCGGGACAUCGGCUUGUACAGCUUGACCAACAUCUUGAAUGGCUCGGUGCGCAUUGAGCGCAACCAGGAGCUCUGCCACAUCUCCACCAUCGACUGGGGGCUGCUGCAGCCCCUCCACUCCCUCGAGCAAAACAUCAUCUUGCGCAACAAGCCCGUGGAGGAGUGUGCCGACGUGUGUCCGGGCAUCCUGGACGUGGAGAAGCCCUGCGUGCAGACCCAAACCAGCCUCCAGGGGGCGAUGGAGUACCGCUGCUGGACCUCCAGCAAUUGCCAGAAAGUGUGCCCAUGCAAAGUGGGAGGUGCUGCCACCGCCUGCACCCGUGCUGAGGAGUGCUGCCACAAGGAAUGCCUGGGCAGCUGCAGCCGGCCCAGGGACCGCCACGCCUGCGUGGCCUGCCGCCACUUCUACUUCAACGGGCACUGCUUGAGCUCCUGCCCAGACCUGACCUACGAGUACGAAGGGUGGCGCUGUGUGACCGCCGAGGACUGUGCCAGCCUGCGCAAGGUGUCCGAGGACGCCUCCAAGUUUGUCAUCCACCAGAAGCAGUGCCUGUCUGAGUGCCCCUCCGGCUACAAGAGGAACGAGAGCAGCAUCGUCUGCCACAAGUGCGAGGGCCUCUGCCCCAAGGAGUGCAAAGUGGGCACCAAGACCAUAGACUCAACGAGGGCGGCCAAGGGCCUGGCCGGCUGCACCGUCGUCGAAGGCAGCCUGAUUGUGAACAUCCGCCGGGGAGAUAACCUGGCCUCUGCCCUGCAGGGCAGCCUGGGCCUCAUCGAGACCAUCACGGGCUUCCUGAAGAUCAAGCACUCCUUCGCCCUCAUCUCCCUGUCCUUCUUCAAGAACCUCAAGCUCAUCCGGGGCGAUUCCAUGGUGGACGGGAAUUACACUCUCUACGUCUUGGAUAACCAGAACCUCCAGCAGCUGUGGGACUGGAGCCACCACGCCCUCUCCAUCCCCGUGGGGAAGAUGUACUUUGCCUUCAACCCCAAGCUCUGCCUCUCGGAGAUUUAUCGCAUGGAGGAGAUCACGGGCACCAAGGGCAGGCAGAACAAAGCGGAGAUCAAUCCCCGCACCAACGGGGACAGAGCCUCCUGCAAAACCCAGCCCCUGCACUUUGUGUCCAACACCACCGAGGCGGAUGGCAUCGUCCUCACGUGGGAGCGCUACCAGCCUCCGGAAUACCGUGACCUCUUGAGCUUCGUCGUUUACUACAAGGAAUCGCCCUUCCAGAACGUGACGGAGUAUGUGGGCCAGGACACCUGUGGGGCCAACAACUGGAACGUGGUGGACGUGGAGCUGCCCCUGAGCCACGACCAGGAGCCGGGAGUGAAGCUGCAGAACCUCAAGCCCUGGACCCAGUACGCCAUCUUUGUGCGGGCCAUCACCCUCACCACCGCCGAGGAGGGGCGCAACUACGGGGCUCAGAGCGAGGUGGUCUACAUCCGCACUGCACCUGCAGUUCCGACGGUGCCGCGUGACGUCAUCUCCAUGUCCAACUCCUCCUCCCACCUCAUCGUGCGGUGGAAGACGCCCAGCCAGCCCAACGGCAACCUCACCUACUACGUGGUGGUGUGGCAGCAGCUGGCCGAAGACGCGGAGCUCUUUGUCAACGACUACUGUCACAAAGGCCUCCGCCUGCCCACCAGCAGCGCCGACACGCGCUUCGACACUGACGAGGACGCGGAGAACGAGCAGUGCUGCCCGUGCCAGAGCCCCGUUGGGCAAACCCACCCGCAGACGGAGACGGUGGCCUUCAAGAAGAAGCUGGAGAACUUCCUGCGCAACUCCAUCGUCAUCCCCAGACCCCCUUGGAAAGUCACGUCCAUCAACAAGAUCUCUUACAGGAUCCCAAAGAGGCGCAGAGACACUGUGGCAGCGACCGUGGCCGACCACGUGUCCGGCAACACGUCGUCUCCAGAGACUCUGGCCAACGCAGCCGUCCCUAACCGCAGAGAGGCCGAGGUGGUUCGGGAUCGCACAGUCAUCUCCCACCUGCGCCAUUUCACCGAAUACCGCGUCGACAUCCAUGCCUGCAACCACGCGGCACAGAGCCUGGGGUGCAGCGCUGCCGCCUUCGUCUUUGCCAGGACCAUGCCAGAACCUCAAGCAGACAACAUUCCUGGCAACAUGACCUGGGAGCCGGCCAGCAAGAACAGCGUCCUGCUCCGGUGGGAGGAGCCCAAGAAUCCCAACGGGCUCAUCCUGAAGUACGAGAUCAAGUACAGCCGCGAGAACGAGAAAGUCAUUUCGGUUGUGUGCGUUUCUCGCCACCGCUACGCCCGAUACGGAGGCUACCACCUUGCUCUGCUCCAGCCAGGGAAUUACUCUGCCAAGAUCCGAGCCACAUCACUGGCAGGGAACGGUUCGUGGACGGGACUCAUGAAGUUCUACAUCCUUGGGCCAGUAGCGGAAGAGGAGCCCGGGAACUUUUACAUGCUCUUGACGCUCAUGCCGGUUGUGCUGAUGGUGGGGAUCACGUGCCUGGCUGUUGCCGUUUUCUUAUACAACAAGAAAAGGAGCACCGAGGGAUUCCCCAGCGGCACGCUGUAUGCCUCAGUCAACCCUGAAUACUUCAGCACGUCGAACAUGUACAUCCCAGACGAGUGGGAGGUGCCCCGGGAGAAGAUCACGGUGCUUCGGGAGCUGGGCCAGGGCUCCUUUGGGAUGGUCUACGAAGGGCUGGCCAGGGACAUCGAGCAGGAGGACAAGGAGACCAAGGUGGCCCUGAAGACCGUCAACGAGUUGGCCACUACCAGGGAGCGGAUCGAGUUCCUGAACGAGGCCUCCGUCAUGAAAGCCUUCCGGUGCCACCACGUGGUCCGUCUGCUUGGCGUGGUGUCCCAGGGCCAGCCUGCCUUGGUCAUUAUGGAGCUGAUGACGAGGGGGGAUUUGAAAAGCUACCUCCGCUCUCUCCGGCCAGAAGCUGAGAAUAACCCCGGCCUGCCUCCCCCUUCGCUGAAGGACAUGAUCCAGAUGGCGGGGGAGAUUGCGGAUGGCAUGGCCUACCUGAACGCCAAGAAGUUUGUCCACCGGGAUCUCGCAGCCCGCAACUGCAUGGUGUCGGAGGACUUCACCGUGAAGAUUGGAGAUUUCGGCAUGACCAGGGACAUCUAUGAGACGGACUACUACCGCAAGGGAGGGAAAGGCCUGCUGCCGGUCCGCUGGAUGUCUCCAGAAGCCCUGAAGGACGGGAUCUUCAGCACUCACUCAGACAUCUGGUCCUUCGGGGUCGUGCUGUGGGAGAUCGGGACGUUGGCGGAGCAGCCCUACCAGGGUCUGUCCAACGAGCAGGUGCUGCACUUUGUGAUGGACAACGGGGUGCUGGAGAAGCCCGAGCAUUGUCCGGAGAAGCUCCAUGAGCUGAUGAUAGGGUGCUGGCAGCAGAACCCCCGGCUCCGCCCCUCCUUCACCCAGAUUCUGGAGCGCAUCAAGGACGACAUGAGUGCUGCCUUCCGCACUCACUCCUUUUUUGACAGCCCGGAGAACAAAUGCAGCAGCUCCUCGGAGGCCUCGGACACAGAGACAGACUUGCUGCUGCCACUGCCCACGGAGGAGGCGCCGGGGCUCACGCUGGCCCCAGCCCCAGAUGCACCCCCUGUGGACAGCCCCCCGCUCGCCACGGGCUUCUGCAGGGACCGGGGCCAGCCCACGAACUGCUGCCACCCCAAUGGGAAGCCAGUCCUCUGA